AGAGAGAGGAGGAGGAGGAGAGAGAGCCGCGGUUACUGCGCACAGUGGGCCCGCCAGCUCCACUCAUCAGUGAAGACAAAACAAGUCUGAAAACCCCAAAUUGUGAAUCCACGGGGAAAAAAACCAUACCUGAAAAUAUGCUCAGCUGAUUGUGACUGUCUUUGGGAGAAGUGAGUAUUUUAUAACACCAUCUGAAGACAGCUCGGCGGAGGAUCGGCGCGUCGGAGGAGGACAAGGACCAUAACACAGAGAAACGUGGUUGUAGUGUAGCCUGUCCACGGGCUAAAAGAAACUGUUUGUUUUUUUGUUUUGUUUUGUUUUUUUAAGGAGACGAAUUUAUCUCGUUUUAUCUCACAUUUUAUGUGUGGGACUUGUUCCUGACACACGGACUGUCUAAACUGUGAACCGAAGAAGAGGGUUUUAAAGUUGUCACAGGGGGGAAUAAAAAGACGCACCCUGCGAACAAGAAGAUCCGCAUCUUAAUAAUUUGCGUCUGUACACGGGAGACGAGAGGAUUUGUGGACUUACAGUAACAAAAUAGAAAGCGGUUAAUUGUUUUGUCUGUUUAAAAACGAACAGAAAGGACGUUUUUGCAGCUGAAACUGCGCUUAUUUUUCUUUGAUUUCUUCUAUCCAGGAUGGUUAAAAUGAGAAAGAGAGCGGAUUUACAUGACUGGGACAAGUUGUGAUUUUCUUUUCACAUCACAGUCAACACAAGAAGCUUUUUGCUUUAAAAUAAAAAACAAAAACAAAAACAAAACAAAACACAGACUGCAAAACCAAAGACAUCGAUGUCCUUAAGGAUCCAAGAGCCCUGGCUUUGCUUUUCUUUCUCUUUCGAUAGAACUGAGAAGAGAAAUACCUCAUAAUUUAUUAAACCUGGAAAGUCAAGACCCCUUUUGAACUUCCAAAGGAAAGUUUAAAAAAAUCUUUUUUUGUUAGACUGUGGCUUCUGCCUCUCCUUCCUCUCAAUAUUUCAGAAACAAAAAAAAGGGGAAUAACACCUGAGUAGUUUCCCGCAUUAUUUAGCAAAGGCUUUAUCUAUUUUUUCCCAAAUAAUGAGGAUUGAGACGAUAUAAAACCUGUUUUAGAAACUAUUCGGUGUGGAUUAUCACCGCUGCAAUUACCUCAACUUGACCUCGACCUUCACAAAGUAGCAGAGUGCAGAAGGUUGGAACAAUGCCAGAUUCACCUGCGGAUGUGAAAACCCAGCCCAGGUCCACCCCACCCACCAUGCCUCCGCCACCCCCGGCUGUCAGCCAAGCAACCAAUCGCAGCGCUUCAUUCACCCCCACCACCAGUAAAUCAAUGCUGAAUGGGAGCAGCCACUCUCCUACAUCCCUGAACGGUGCUCCAUCCACUCCUAACGGCUUCAGUAACGGGCCAGCCAUGUCCUCAACGGCCUCACUGUCCAACCAGCAGCUCCCGCCGGCUUGUGGUGCCAGGCAGCUCUGCAAGCUGAAGCGCUUCCUGACCACGCUGCAGCAGUUUGGCAACGACAUAUCGCCUGAGAUUGGAGAGAGAGUCCGGAGCCUUGUGUUGGGGCUGGUGAAUUCCACACUUACCAUCGAAGAGUUUCACUCCAAACUUCACGAGGCCACCAACUUCCCUCUGAGGCCGUUCGUCAUUCCCUUCCUGAAGGCAAACCUGCCUCUGCUGCAGAGAGAGUUGCUCCACUGUGCGAGGCUGGCCAAGCAGACUCCAGCUCAGUAUUUGGCCCAACACGAGCAGCUUCUCCUGGACGCCAAUGCCAGCUCGCCCCUCGACUCCUCUGAAAUCAUGCUGGAGAUGAAUGAGCAUGGAAAGAGAAGGACUCCUGACAGGACCAAAGACAGCUCAGAGAGAGAUGGGUUGCACCCGGAGCACCUAGCUAAGAGGCCCUGCACCAUCAGCCCUAGCCAACGCUUCAGCCCCAGCACAGGUCUUCCUGCUCACCCACCUCCUAAUGGCCUCUCUACACACCCUCCCAACGGCCUGUCACACCCACCCAACCCCCAAGUGGGACCCCAGCACUAUCGCUUAGAAGACAUGGCUCUGGCGCACCAAUAUAGAGAUGCUUACAGACAUAAUGAACACCGUGAUGCCCGAGACAGGCACCGGCAGACAGCCCUGCAUGGAGCUCGCCAAGAGGAGGUGAUCGACCACCGUCUUACAGAUCGAGAGUGGGCGGAGGAAUGGAAGCACCUUGAUAAUCUCCUGAACUGCAUCAUGGACAUGGUGGAGAAGACGCGCCGCUCUCUGACGGUGCUGCGCCGCUGCCAGGAGGCUGACCGGGAGGAGAUGAAUCACUGGAUCCGGCGCUACAGUGACGUGGAGGAGAUGAAAAAAGGUGGGAGCAACGGACAGCACUGCCUUCCUCCUCCUCUUCCUCCUCCUACUCCUCACCACAACUCCUCCUCCAACACAGCUAGCAGCAGCGAGUCACUGCCCGUAGGAACUUCCUCGGCUGCUGAAAGGCAGACAGGCAGACAGACAGAGAUCCACCGAGACUUCUUACACAGGCCUCCCUCAGGAUACCUGCCAGAGGAAAUCUGGAGGAAAGCUGGUACUACAAGCAUCCCGCUCUCCCCAGCACUAAAGCACCUCCAAAACAAGCAGGAGGAGGCUGUGAAUGAGGUGAAGCGACAGGCAAUGUCAGAGCUGCAGAAGGCAGUGUCAGACGCUGAGAGGAAGGCUCAUGAGAUGAUUUCAGCCGAACGCUCUAAAAUGGAGAGGGCGCUGGCCGAGGCCAAGAGGCAAGCCUCUGAGGAUGCACUGACAGUCAUCAACCAACAGGAGGACUCCAGUGAAAGCUGCUGGAACUGCGGGAGGAAAGCCAGUGAGACGUGCAGCGGCUGCAACACGGCUCGCUACUGCGGCUCCUUCUGCCAACACAAAGACUGGGAGAAGCACCACCAUGUCUGUGGUCAGGGCCUGCAGGGGCUGCCAGGGGGCAGCAGUGUCCCUCUAGGCACCCCCUCCUCCUCCACAUCCUCAGCAUCCUCCAGUGCGCCCCCCACCCACUCGGAGAGCACUCCACCAGGACCCCUGUCCCUGGCAGGGCAGAGCAGUAUUGCAGGAGGGGCUGGCAGCGGCAGUGGAAGCGUGUCUGCCAGCCCCAAGGAGAGCAGUUCCAGCAGUGCCUCUCGCUCCACAACUCCAGCUACCCCCGCCCUACUGGAUGCCACCUCUCGCUGACGUCUGACUCAUGUCCCUUCCCUGCAUACUGAUGUGACAGUGCCCACACUCCACACACAACCAAACUGAGGAAUCUUCAUCGCACACUGCUCCCUUUCCUCCUCCCCGACUUUGGCCCUUAUUUCCCUCAUAUCCUAAGCACUUCUGAAAAUCUUCUCACUACCUGAUGAUAGACUCAACUUGUCACUUUCCCCUAAAAAUACUUUUUCUUUGUCUCUUUUACAACCACAUACAAAGAUUCCAGCCUGGGGUUCAGUGUAGUGUAAAGCAUGAAUAGUGCAGUGUCUCCUUUCUCUGUAACAGAAACAUAUCAGAUGUGUUUGCUGAGAACCUGAGCUUUGUAAUGUAAGCAUGGUAAAUAGUGUCCAUGUAAAGACACCAGACAAGGGCUGUAGUAAGGCAACAUUGAAGGGAGGGGGACGGGGGUGACUAGGCCGAUUAGCACUUGGGUAGGAUUUCCCUUUAAUUAAGUACCAAUGAGAGAGCAGUACCCAGCCCUGAGAUGUGCACUACUAGUCCAAACAGUUCACUGAUGUGGCACUUUUUUCUACAGUGUCAUAAUGGAGACAGGCAAGGAGCGUAAUAUCUUUUUUCAAAUGGAUAACGGAAGGGGAAAAACCUGUGAUGCGAUUAAUUCCUCAGAAACACAGCUUAGUAUUUAUUAAAUGUUUCUUUCUGGCUUUAAGGGAAAAAUAAAGAAAAGUCCAAAUAUUCUAAAUAAAGAAUAAUAGUGAUGCUGAUGAUGAUGAUGAUGAUGAUGAUAACGAUAAUGAUAUGAAAAUAAAUUAAUUUUAAACUGCUAACUACCUUGCUAGCGAGCCAAGAAAAUCUACACCGGACUCACCUCUCUGCACCAUUGUGAACCCAAAUGAAUUCAAAGAUGAAAAAACAACAUGAUCCAAACCUUUGUAUUACACUGCCAAAGUGAGUAAGUAAGCGAUAAGGAGAAGCACUCAUCUUAUAACCAAACGCAAAGCAACAUCACCUCCUCAGCAGAAAAAAGCCAGCCCUGAGAGGACCAGGCUGCAGAGAAGCUGCAGAACGGGACCCAGAGAUAGUCAGACAUUUAAAAAAAAAACUGUGACCUGCUUCGAUCUGCAGCUGCCUCCUGCAGUCUAGACAAAAGUACAGCGAUUCCUCAGUGAUGGCCCAGACUAGUGAAUAUGGACAAUGCUGUGAACUUGCCUAGAAGAAAGACUUGAUGAAAUGGAUUGAAACCCUGCCACAGUGUGAUUUUUGUGAAUGGUAACAGAGAGGACAGAGAGAAAAAAAGAGGAAAGGAAAAGCUACAUGGCCUCAAAGGAGAUGAAGAUACAUACAUGGCAAUGGAGCUGCCAGAAACCUCAAAACAAGCUUGAACACAUUGUACAAGAAGGUAUCGCAUACUACGGAGAUGACUGGGAAGAUUGUUUCUAAGUCUUUUUUUUAAAGCUCCACACCGAGGAGAUGUUUCAAGGAAUUGCUGUUACCUUUACAUUCACUCCCUCCUUUUCCAAAGCAUGAUAAACAGAUGAAAGAGCCUAGUAAAGGGUGGUGUAGACUUGGUUAUCCUCUCUCUUUCUACCUCCCCUCACCCCACACCUCCCUUCUACGCUCUUCCCUGACUACUUGACUCAAGUUUGCCCCUAACCACAACCUGCUUUGGACAGAACCUCAGAGCAGUCACAUGGGAAGGGUUCGAACCUGCUUGUAGAUAUUGUUCCUCUUUUCAUUUUUCAAUAAUGUCUCUUGUCGCUGAUGUCCACAUGUGCUGCCCUUGUGUGUAUCCAGAAAGACGGACUUUGUUUUGAUUCUGUUACCUUGCAUUUUCCUCCUUUGAGUUUGGGCUGAGCAGUGAAGUCAGAGCAAGGACACUCGUUUAUGAGAGGAAGUCUCACAUUGUACUUAUUGUUUGAUUUCUUGUAUCUAUAUUAAUGAGAUAAAACCCCUCUUGUAGAAUAUUUUGUAUUGCUCGCAUUGUAAGACAGUGAGAGGAUGGAGGUGCAAUAUGAAGAGAAUUCAGCUACUGAAUGGAACCUCAGCAACUGCCCAUAGGGUGUCAUAUAAUAUAGAUACAUAUAAAUAUAUUUAAAGUAACAUCAGUAACUUAAUGUGAAUGUACAUAGUAUUUAAAGAGGUCCAAAAAUGUGUUUGCCAAAUAACAGAAACCUUUAAAGUUUAAUGUCCAGACUAUGAUUUUCUCACAGUACAUUUGUUUCUUGAAUUUAUCGAUUCCUUUUUUCUCUCAUACAAGUUAAACACUUUCAAUUUUCACUCAAAUCAAAGUGUCACAAGACCCUGAGUGGAGGAGACUGUUGGUAACAGAUGUAAAAUGGCUCCAUGAACAACAACAACAACGCAUGUAGCUGAAAAUGGAUGAAAACAGAUUAAGGGUGGAUGGACAAGACAAGACCCCCUGAACAUUUUCUAAAUUAAUUAGGCUUUAAUUUACAAUUUUAGAAAAAUAAGAUGUUUACGUUUAACUAAAAUAUUCUAAAUUUGUGUGAAAUGGCUCUUUUGGUGCUAAAUCCUGUUGUUUUCAUGUGCUUCAUCCACCCCAGGUCAGUUUACAUCCUGCAGGAGGGGACUCAACAGUGUGUGUUUUAGCCUUCUAUUGUUUAAAAAGUCCCAAUAUAGUCAAUAAUUUAAAAAAAGGGAUAAAGGUGGUGUCUCAGUUUCAAAUUUAGUUAAUUCAAACUGUCAAACUUGAUAUAUCAUGUCAAGUGUUCUGUUUCUUGCCACCCUUUUUGCUCAAGUGCCACUGUAGUGGCCCUCUCUCUUGGUCCUCAUCAGCCUGUGUGUGUGUGUAUGUGUGGUUAGGAGUGUUUGUUUCCCCCAAGGUGCAGGAUAAGCCAUUAAUGUAGGAUUAAGUGAUAUGCCAGUGUUAAGCUACAGUAAACUUCAAAGCUAAUUUUGAUAUCCAAUCUUUGAAAUGUUGCUUUUUUUAAGUGAUUAUUUUUUUUAUUUGUAAAGAUGCAAUGUGAGCAUAAGCUUAAGAUCUGGGUCCAGGCCAAGAGAGAUGCAUCACCUCUUUAGGUUUAUGUUAUUUUUUUCAGCCGUUCCCACAUGCUCCAGCAAUACCACCACCUCUUACAAACACAUGUAUGAUAAAGAGGCUGGAGGCUUUUAGAAAAUUAGUUUGAGCAUGGCUACUCAUACUAAUUUUUUAUUGAUCGUUUUAAACCCUAUGUUGUUGGCCUCAUACACACUUGGACCAAACGUGGAAAAAACAAAAAAAUAGGUAACUUUCUUUUUGCAGUUAGUGGCAUACGAAAAAUGAGAACUCUGCUUGUGAAUUAUUUUAUUGGACUAUCUCAGACGUAUUACUCAAAUAGGAUAAGCUGCAAGGUACCCCUGCAUCUGUGUGUAGCAUUUAUGUAUGUGUGUUAUAAUUACUGUAAUUUGGUGUUGAUCUCAGCCUUUUUUGUGUCAUUUCCCUUCCCCCAAUGUCUAAUUCCUCCGCUACUACCACAGACCACUCUUCACAACCCCCUCUCACACUAGCUACCUCCUGCGACCAUACAGCUAACCACCAGGAGAGCUUGACCUGGACUAUGAAAAGCUGGGCUGAGAGCAGACGUGGAAAUACACAUUCAAAAGCGAUCACAUGAAUCUGUCCAGAUGAAAAUGAUCAGAACAAAAAAGUGUUAAAAGGAACUGCCAUUACUCAUGAUGUGGAAGAAUAUUUACUCCCACCAGACUUUACCUUUUAGAUCACAUCUCGCUAACCAAACUGAUACUGCUGGAAUUUAGUAACACAUUACUAUUCCUGUAAGAACCUGCAACCAAACUGACACAUAGAAUCAACCAUGACAUGCCAUUUGUUGUCCUAAACCAAUAAAAGCACAGACCAAAGUACUCCUGCAUUGCCAUAGUAGGCUUUGACAGUGUGCAUUGACAGACCAGAAAUAAAAAGGUUAGACCUCCACUACACCAGUUAACCAAAGUGUCUGAAAUACACACACUCAGAGCACAAGAGUGAAGAGCACGCUCAGUGAACCAGCUGAGUCUGAAAUGUGUAGAACUCCUAUUCAAGCAAUCAAAGCGCUUGUUGUCUACAUAUUGAAUAGCGCUUCUGUAAAAACAAUAGAGGCAUCUCCUUCAGGAAGGCCUACUGAUUGUGUGUUCUUAUAGUUACAAAGCCUUGCAGAGAAAAUAUGAAUGCAUGGUGGGUGGGUGUCUGUGUGUGAAUUGUGGUGUGUGUGUUUUUGUAAAAAAAAAAAAAAAAAAAAGAUAUAUAUAUAUAUAUCCUUUUUCUUUGUGUCUCUGUACAAACUACUUGAAACCUUCAAAGCUUUAAUGAAACAUCCCAGACAGACUAUAGUGGCAGAUCUAUUCACAAUAUGUAGCAACAGCUUUGUGCAGUAAAAUACCGUUGUUUGCUUAUAAUAUCCACAUCAAAACAACAUUUUAAUGACAGUUCCAUUCAACUCUUAAGUGCUUUGUGUGUGUCUCCUCGUCUGCAAGUAAGCCCUCAGAUAAACUAAACAAAGCCAAACCUGACAGACCACUUCUAAAUGACCAAAAUACAACCAAAAGCUACAACCUUCAUCUUCAGAUUUCACUUUGGUUAAAGUUUUUGUCUUACGUCCCAGCAUUAGAGAACUCCUCCUGUGAAUGUGUGGGAUAUGAUACUGCAGUUCUACAAAAACUGGAGCUGUAGAAGAAAGAGAAAACUGUCCUUCACAGAGAUUCUCCCUCUCGGUUAUACUUGGACAGGAUUCAAAAGCUCAGACCAACGUUCUGUUCAGCUGGGUGUAAGCAUCAUUCAAUCAUGAAACAAAUGAGAUUCAUGCCGAGGUGUCAUAUACUUUUCUCUGUGAAGAUAUUAUAGAUGGCAAACGCAUAAGGGCUCUGCUGUUGUUAGUACCAUCCAAGGGUCUCCGAACACUUUACAUCAGCCACUUUUCUGUUUGUUUAACUAUGUACAUGAUAUGGGCAAAACGCAUGUUUAGAAAAGACAAAUAUUAGCAGGUUGGCAUUUGUCUCUCCCUACUCGAACCAGUAACUCUAUCAAUGAAGUUUCAAGGCUCAUCUGAUGUGAUGGUGACAUGUCCUUCCUGUAAAACAGGCACUGAUGAAUAGCUACAGUAGAAAACUAAAGUGGCAAACAAUGGAUCCGGCACUAGUUUUCCCAAAAGCCAUGGCUCAGGAUGGUCUUGUUUUUAACCUUUACAUAAACUGAAAAAGGGGUUUAUGGUUUUAUAUGUGUAGGGAAGCAUUCUAUACUGUAUUGUGCAAUACAUUAUUACAGAAAAAACAGGUUUCUGUAGGAAAGGUUGGCGCUUUGAAGAUCUUUCUCCUUUUGUUUUAUUUCCCUCUUCAAAAAGUCCUGUUGCCGUUUUUAGAUGAAGUAAACUGUGCCAGAAGAAUUAAAUUCUGAUUUGUAUUUAUUUCUUGCAUGCUUUCCUCCCUGUUGCUAAUACCGCUCUUUAACUGUUCGCUCUGUUGGAUGUGUGAAGCUGUAAAACAUUCUAAUUCAGGUUAUUGUCUGUGUUGAACAAUGUAACUGUGUAAUUAAAA